AAUAUAACCUUAGAGUAAUUCCAUAACUUCUCCUUCCUUUCAGCCGCCACAACUACUUCUUCUUCAUCACUCACCAGCAGACUGCUUCUUCUUCUUCAUCCGCUCGCCGGUCGCUAGUCAUUCGUGUCCAUUUUUGGACAUCAGUGUCUUGACAGAUUGUGUUCCGUACGACACCAGUACGAGAGGGGAAGAUCCGUGUCCUUGCUUCUCCAUUGCCUGACAUCCUUCUACAAGAAAGCUUGACAUUACUGCAAUUAUAGCCGAGAUUUACAUUUGAAGCUUCAAUGGCGAUUUCAUCUCUCCCUUGUGUUCAACCUGUAAGAGUUCCUUUCAAAGCUUGUAGCUUCUUUCCUGCUGGUGUUUGUGGUGGAUUCAACAAUAAGAAAAGGAUAAAUGCUGUUGUUUUUUCUUCGUUGAGGAAAAUUUCCAACGAUGUCAACAUUGAAUCCAAGGUUGAUACAUUGUUGGACAGUAUCAAAUGGGAUGACAAAGGUUUGGCAGUGGCUAUAGCUCAAAAUGUUGACACAGGAGCCAUAUUAAUGCAAGGCUUUGUCAAUAGGGAUGCACUAGCUACAACUAUCACUUCUAGGAAGGCAACGUUCUUCAGUCGAUCAGGGGCAACAUUGUGGACAAAAGGAGAAACUUCCAACAAUUUCAUCAACAUUUAUGACAUAUUUGUUGACAUCUUAUUGAUUAUAAUUUACCUUGGGAAGCCUGAUGUCCCUACCUGUCACACAGGGUUAGAGACAUGCUAUUUCACAUCAAUAGGUGAUUUGGUGAAGGAGCAAGAAGUUGAAGAAACUAACUUGGCAUUGACAACUUUAUACUCAUUAGAGUCUACAAUUUCCAAAAGAGAAUUAGAGUUAGCAGGGAAACAUGGAAAGCCUUCGUGGACUAAACGGCUCUUACUUGAUGAAAAUUUGUUGUGCGCAAAAAUCCGGGCAGAAGCAGAUGAAUUGUGCCGACCGCUGGAGGAGAAAGAGGACAGUUCAUGUACUGCCUCAGAAAUGGCAGAUGUGAUCUACCAUGCUAUGGUUUUGCUAAGGCACAAAGAUGUAAAGAUAGAAAAUGUUCUAGAAGUUCUUCGGCGUAGAUUCUCUCAAUCGGGUAUAGAGGAGAAGCAAAGCCGUGCAUCAACCAAGAGUUAAAUGUAAGCUGUACUUUUGCUAAGGUCUAGAUUUGCAGCUUUUAUCCCUUGCUUAGGUUGUUUUCAAUAAAUUUGAAAUAACCUAUCUCUAUCAUAAUUACCAGUUUUUUGCUUUUCUUUUCGAAGUACAUGUAUUUUGAUUUUACUUGACCUUUUCUUGUAUCACAAUAAGAUGCAUUUUGUUUCUUAA